AUGCGGGUGAUCUUGGUGACGGGGGGUGCUGGCUUUAUUGGAUCGCAUGUGGCACGCUAUGUGUACCGGCAGCGGCCAGGUGCACGGGUGAUUGUGCUGGACAACCUGGACUAUUGCGCAUCGCUCAAGAACAUCGAAGACCUUCUGGUAGAUGGCGGAGACGCUGAUCCCGCUGCUGAUGGCGAUGCUGGCCACGACACGUGUGGCCUCGACAACCGCAGCCGCGGUGCAUCAGAGCUGCCAUCACAACAGCUCCUGCCUGCCAUUCUGCAAGGCAAGGUGCAGGCCUCCCCAUCCCAGCGCUUUGCAUUCAUCAGAGGCAGCGUGUGCGACCUGGAGCUGAUGGAGACCAUCUUGAGCCACUUCAAAGUGACCGUGCUCAUGCACUUUGCAGCCCAGUCCCACGUGGACAACUCGUUUGAUUCCACCCUCUGUUUCACACAAACCAACGUCGUCGGUACGCACGUCACGCUGGAGGCUUGCCGGCGUGUGGCGGGACAGCUUGAACGCAUCAUCCACGUGAGCACAGACGAGGUGUAUGGGGGCACAAAGCCCGACUCUGAGCACCAGUUUUUGGAGAACGAGAGCCCGCUGGACCCUACCAACCCUUACUCCGCAUCCAAGGCUGCAGCUGAGAUGAUUGUCAAGGCAUACCAGAAGAGCUUCCGCCUCCCCAUCAUCGUCACGCGCGGCAACAACGUGUAUGGGCCGUGCCAGUACCCGGAGAAGUUGAUACCCAAGUUCAUCCUGCGUGCGCUGCACGGCAUGACGCUCCCCAUCCAUGGUGACGGCAGCCAGCGAAGGGGAUAUGUGCACGUGCGCGAUGUUGCUGCAGCGUUCAACCUCCUCAUUGACCACGGGCCACUGCACACGGUGUACAACAUCGGCUCCACGAGCGAAAUCUCCGUGCUGGACGUGGCGCGUGACGUGUGUGCCAUUGUGGGCCGCGAUGUGCACACGUGCAUCGAGCACGUGGCAAACCGCACCUUCCAGGACCACCGCUACCUCAUCGACCACGCCAACCUCGCCGCCCUGGGCUGGCAGCCGCGCGUGGCCUGGGGCGAGGGCCUGGCAGAGACAAUUGAGUGGUAUCGCCAGCACGGCGCAUACUGGGGCAACGUGACAGCGGCGUUGCAACCGCACACCAAGCUCCCUGUACCUGAUGACGAUGAUGAUUGUGAUGGUGAGGAGGAGGAGGAUGGCAGAGGUGGCGAUGGUGAUGGUGGUGGCAAUGAUGGCUUGAGAGAGGCGAGGGGUCGUGACGAUGGCGGUAUCACCCAUGAAAAUGGCGGUGCUGGUCAUGGUAGAAGCCAACAACAACAACAACAACAACAACAACAACAACAACAACAACAACACCAACAACACCAACAACAACAACAACAACAACAACAACAACAACAACAACAACAACAACAACAACAACAACAACAAUUGUGUGGGUGUGAGUCGCCCGUACAACAACAGCACCAUCAACACGGCCGCCCCGACCGCCUUCCGCGUCCAUCGCAGCCACCAGCGCCGCUCUAG